CAUCCCGAGAAAUGAUGGUUACGAGACGCGAUUCCAAUGAAAAUGCGGCUCAGCCUUCUGAUCGACUCUUUCGAUCGACGACACUCGACCGCGCCGCGGAAGACUUUGACGGCAAUGCCCCAGUUCAAAGAUCCUGGUCUUUACAUAUUGAGGCAGGUUCGUAUAAAGUCUUGGGGUUCCCAAAUGCUUUCACCUUGUUGGAUCCUGUAAAAACCCGACUUUGAAGUGUGAAGAGAACUGCUUUCACCAUGUCAAGCGAUCAGCAACCUGCACCGGCAACCCUACCAGUCAAUGGUACGACAGAUGCCGCGAGUGAUGGAAUCUCGCCAGCGAGUCCGCCGGCUGUCAAUUCAAGUUACCCCCCUGAUGCAAAGCGCACAGAUGGGGGAGUAGAGAUGGGACCAAUCUCCACGCCAAUCGCACAUCCCGAUACCAUACAUCCACCACCUCAAUACGAAGCGGCAGCACAUCCAGUCCCAGCUCCUGCUCCUGUUAUGGUUACGCCUCUUAGCCAACUUCAACAGACGCCGGCAGCUAUAGACUGUAAGUUCUGCAAGUGCCAGGCGACGACCGAGGUCCGCACUCAGAGGGAUAAAGAGCCAAUUCCAGGGGUGAUGAUAUGCCUCAUCUGCCUGGUGUUUUGGCCGGCGCUUUGCUGCCUUUCAUGCAUGGAAACGGAAACGAUUCAGUACGUCCAUACGUGUAGUAACUGCAAGAACAUCGUGGCACAGAGGGCCGCGAAUGGUGCUAUCAUUGUUAAGGAGCCAGCGGGGAUGAUGGUCCCAUCACAGUAUGGUGCGCCACAGACCCAGGCAAAGUAGACGCUUUGCAUAGGUGGUGAGUCGAUUGAUCGUGUCGUUGUUCAUCGGGGGGAGAAUCCGGCAAUUUUGCUUGUAUAAUAUUGCAGGAGAAAGUAAACCCAACCAUUUAUUGUGUACCUUCGGAGUGCGUUAUGUCCCCGGCGUAUCAUUUUGGGAACUCCGGAAUUAACUGGAACUUAUGUCAUAAACUGAGUUUGGAAUCACGAAUCAUUCUUCCAUG